AGCAGCUGGAUUGUUGUUGUUCCUCCCACUGCAGCUACAACCAGCUCAUUUCCUCCUCACGUCUAGCUAAUGCUACUCAUUAGCGUUGAAAACGAAAGUCGUCUUCGUUUCCGCUGUGCACUUUUUAAUGUUCAUCUUCGAAAUCUGGACUUAGUAAUUAUCGCAAAGAGGUAAGGAGAGAGAUGUCGUACUACUCAUCUUCAUCAUCCCGCAGUUCCUCCAGAAACUUGGAGUGUAAGGUGUAUGUUGGUGAUCUGGGAGAAGGUGCUGCUAAGGGAGAAAUUGAGAGGGCUUUCGAGUACUACGGCCCUUUGCGCAGCGUUUGGGUGGCCAGGAACCCUCCUGGUUUCGCAUUUGUGGAAUUUGAAGAUGCCCGAGAUGCAGAGGAUGCGGUGAAAGGAAUGGAUGGAAAACUACUGUGUGGAUCUCGGAUUCGUGUGGAGCUGUCAACGGGCAUGUCUAGGAAGAGCCGAUAUGGCCGAGCCAGUCGCCGUCCAUUUGAUCCAAAUGAUAGAUGCUAUCAGUGUGGCGACAGGGGACACUACGCCUACGACUGCUACCGCUUCAGCAAGCGAGGACGUCGAAGCAGAUCCCGGUCUCGAUCUCGCUCCAGGUCAAGGAGUCGCCGCCAUCGCUCACGAUCCCGAAGCCGCAGCUAUAACCGGAGGCGCCGAUCUCCAUCUUAUGGAAAGCGCAGGAGCAGGUCUGGCACUCCAGCCCGCUCAAAAUCAAAGACUCCUGUUCGGAGUCGCUCUUGGUCUCGCUCUCGAUCUAGAUCUGCCUCGCGCUCUCGCUCCAGAUCCAGGUCCCGCUCUCGCAGCCUUAAGAGGCGCAGAUCCAGUUGAUUAGCUACAGAGAGUGAACGAGAUCACCCGCCAAAAAAAAAGAACGCAAGCACAAAUCUGUCUUGAUCAGACUCCGGUGACCAAUUGCUGCAGGCUGUUCUUGUCUUUUCUUAAAGAGUGCGGGAGUGGAUGGCACUGACCAGGGCUCGUCCUUGCCAUGUUAAACGUCCUCCAGGAGGGUGACAAAAGAGCUUACCCGAGAUCAGCCUCCUGCCGCGCUGCUUUAAAGAGAUCGUCCAAGGGCAUCCUGCGCGUACUCAAACAGUUGUUCCACCCUCCCCACUCCCAUCCCAUGCACUACUACUGCAGACCAGAAAUGCUGGGCUGAGAGUUUUGGGCUCCCCCCUUUCCCUUUUUUUCCUUCAAAGCUCUGGCUUCAUGCUUAGCUUCUGAGAAGGGUGUGUGAGAGAAAGAGAGAGACGAGAGAUCAGUCUUCAAGACCUCUGCGCGUGUGUCUUCGAGUUCUAGCAUCCGUCGCUUCUCUGUAUGUUGUUUCCGCCACUGUCUGCAAAGGUAACCAACCCAAGAGUUACUGUCCUUCUUGAUAUGAGCCCUGGUUCUAAUAAAGCCAGAUUCUCUGUAAACCUGUACUUAAUGCUGAACAUGUGCAGCGCAUGUGAUUAUUAACACCCCUGUGAGAGUGAGUGUGUGCACGUGUUAGUGAAUGAGUGCAAGUGAAAGGGAAACACACAUGGUUGAGUGAGUGUGUUUGUUUGUGUGUGUGUUUUCAGUCUAACCCUGGAUUAGAUAAAUUCAUUAGGUGAGAUUUUCUGGAUACUGUGUUACUGUUAUACAUAAGGGAUUUAGAAAUAUAUGUAGAUGGCUCAUGUGAGAUGGUGGCACUCUUGGGUUCUAAAAUGGUCCAUCAUUAGGUGAAGCAGUCUCGACCCUGUUGCAGUCAGCAGCAGUUUGCUUCAAGCUACUCAUCACUUUAAAGAAAUACUCCAGCGUUUAGCUAUACACCUCAUUUGUAGUGUAUGUGUCUAACACAUUUCCCUGCAACUAAGAAAAAGAACAGAAACCUGCAUUUCACAAAAUUUGCUUAUAAUAAAGACAGUUGUAUCAUUUAGUUCUUCAUGCCAUAGGGUUCUGAUCACACGCUGACACCACAAAAAAGUAAGAAAAUUGACUUUUUAUUAUCGUAGUGUUUGAUUAAUACCAUGAGGGGAACUCGGGUAAAUAUUCUGUCGUUGACUGUCACAAGUAAAAGCCCAAAUCCGUAUUUGUUUGCCUGGAAACCUAACUAACUAGGCUAAAAAAUAAUGUGUAUAGUAUAAAACUUGCAAACAAAAGGAAAUGAAAAGGUAAUAAACCUUUUUUAUUAAAAGGGUCUUUUUUUCUCAUAUAUAUAUAUAUAUAUUUCAAUAUUAUAUUAAUAUAUUAAAAAUAUUAAUUAAUUAAAAAUUAAGAAAAAAUAAAAAGAAUAUUUCCAAUAACAUUACUUUUCUCAGAAAAAUAUAAUGAAGUCUGUCCAGUUUUAUCUGUAAAAACAGAAACAAUUAUGACCGUCAGACUCUCCAGAAAAACUCUGGCAGAUACUCCAUGAUGCUCAGACAAUCUUGCAAGCUGAUUUGCUUAUGAAAUUGUACACAGUGUUCCUGAGAUGACCGAUGUAUUUUUAAACAGCAAAAGUGUUGUUACACUUCAUUUCUCACCGUUUAGUUAUUAUUUUUUGAAGCCAUCAUUGCUUUAUAGUAUUUCUUUGCAUGUGCCAUGUAUAGAUAUAGUCUUUUGCAAUAGAAUAGAUUGAAGUUUUUAAUUGCAGAAAGCAACCAAAAAAAAUACAGGUUAACAUUUAAAAGUAAAAUGAAACAUGAGUGUAAUAUAAGUUGAGAAAUAUAACUUUAAAUAAAAAUUAAAAAAUAAUUCUUUGUGUCGAACCUGCUUGUCUGCUGGACAAGUACAAAUAAUUAUAAUAAAAACAAAUAAUUUACUAAGACAGAUUCUGCAUAUUUCAAGCACCCAGGAUUUAUCCUUUCCUAAUUAUAUAGUCAAUGUUUAUUGCAUUUUAACUUCUGCCUUCAUUAUGUGAUUUCUGAUUAAUAAUUUUUUCAUUCUUUUCUCAGUACAGAGAAAUGUAUCAGUUAUCACGAAAGUAUCAGUGGUUACUACACACACACUACAGAUGCAAAAAAAUGCUGGAGUGUUUUCUUUAAUUUUGUUUGUAGUUCUCAGCUGCUUUGGAGGUCUUUAACAUUCACAACUAUGUGACAGAUUUAAACAAGAAGCUAGAAGCUUUUAUUUUUUUUAAGCUUUCAGUACCAGUGUAUUUGUAGCUCUUGAUUGUUUUAAGUCCUGUUAUGUGUAGAUUUAACGUGUUCUAUAGUUUCUCAAGCAGCACUGAAAGAGAUCAUGCUCAAACAGUGGAUUUAGAGCCAUCCAGGAGGAAUAUGGUUGAAGCUGUGCAAAGUUCAUGGAUGAUAUUUUUUUUUUUUUUUUAAGUGUUUGGAUAUACUCCUCAUUGAAAGCCUCUUUCUCUGUGUUCCAGCCAUUCCAGGUCCCCCAGCCCGAAAAAAAGCCCCACAACCCCAGAUGAAGAUCGAGUGGAGAAGAAACCCUAAACCCAAAUCACUUAUCCACCUUAUUUUGCUUUCUUUGCCCUGUUUUUCCUCACAUUAAUCUUAGUAACUUA